AUGUUCUCCUCGGCGCUCAAGUCGAUAUCCUCGACAAACAUCACCGCCAACUACUCCAUCUCCUCGACUCAAACCUCGUCCGCCGGCCCAUGGAAGAUCUACGAUUGCAAGAAGAAGUCGACGGGGAAGCCCUACAGCGUUUUCGUUUUUGAUAAGAAGGCUCUCGACGGGCAUGGUAGCAGCCUUGGCCGGUCGAGCGCAUCCGCCUUCAAGCGCGCUACCGAAGAAGUUAUCGAACGCCUGAAGAAGGAGGCUUCGAGCCUGGCGAAGCUGAGACACCCGAGCGUCCUCGAGCUGGUCGAACCCGUUGAGGAGACGAGGGGCGGCGGGCUUCAAUUCGUAACCGAGGCUGUCACAGGCUCGCUGGCAGCACUGCUACAGGAGAAGGACGAUCAAGAACGGAGUGGUGGGGUCGGCGGGCGGUCGAGCCGCUACGUCACUGAAGACUCGGACGGCGUGCGCCGCCGGCGUGAACUGGAGAUCGACGAGCUCGAGAUCCAGAAGGGGUUGCUGCAAAUUAGCAAAGCUCUCGAGUUCUUGCACGAGAACGCUGGUCUGGUUCAUGGAAAUCUGACGCCGGAUGCCAUCAUUGUGAAUGCCAAGUCGGACUGGAAAAUCAGUGGCUUGGCCUUCUGCGGUCCUUCCGAGGGCUCUAACAAGCCGACUUCCUUCCAGCCUGUCAGCUUGUCGGAGGUGCUCAACCCAGACCCUCGGCUGCCUCGGUUUGUGCAGCUUGAUCUCGACUACACUUCGCCUGACUUUGUCAUUGACAACAACUUUACCAACUUCGCCGACAUGUUCUCGUUAGGUCUUUUGGCUGUUGCUCUUUACAACUCACCCCACCGCUCGCCCAUAGAGUCACAUGGCAGCUUGUCAACUUACAAGCGGACGUUCUCCUCUUCCUCAACAGUGCCGUCUGCGUCGAACGGAUUCCUAUCGUCUCGCCCUCUGCCGAAGGAGCUAGUUCAGCACGUACUACCAAGGCUCAUCACUCGUCGACCAGCACAACGCCUCACGGCCAAAGAGUUCCAAGAAAGUGAAUACUUCAACAACGUACUUGUCUCCACCAUCCGAUUCCUUGAUGCUUUCCCUGCAAAAACACCAAACGAGAAAACUCAGUUCAUGCGGGGUCUGGUCAAAGUUAUGCCCUCGUUCCCCAAGACAGUCAUGGAGAAGAAACUUCUGCCAGCACUGCUCGAGGAGAUGAAAGACAAGGACCUUAUCGCACUGAUCCUGCAGAACGUCUUCACCAUCAUCGACUUGCUGCCGUCUGCGAGACGUGUCUUCGCUGAAAAAGUACGGCCAGCAUUGAAAGCGACCUUUGCCCCGCCUCCUAAGAAGGACCAGCCUCCGGAGAGGGAUCCUACCAAAGAUGCCGGGUUGAUGGUGGUGCUUGAACACAUGUCAACCAUUUGUAGCAACUGCAAUGGCAAGGAGUUUACAGAUGACAUUCUGCCUGUCGUCUACGCUGCAAUCGAAGCGCCAACUCCAGCAGUGGUCGAUGCGGCUCUGCGAGGCCUGCCGUCUAUUCUGCCAGUUCUCGACUUUAGCACUAUAAAGAAUGAGCUCUUUCCCGUAAUUGCAGCUGUUUUUAGCAAAACGAGCAGUCUCGCCAUCAAGGUGCGAGGCUGCCAGGCCUUUGUCGUUUUGUGCGGUGGCACACCGGACGGGCAAGAUGAUGGGCUUGAUGCGUUUGGUGCUGCAAAGAAGAAACCAUCGUCGUCUUCAAGCAUGCUGGACAAAUACACCAUGCAGGAGAAAAUCAUCCCGUUGAUCAGGGCCAUCAAGACGAAAGAGCCUGCUGUCAUGAUGGCAGCUCACGGGGUUCUACGCGUAGUUGGCGAAGCUGCCGACGCUGAAUUUGUCGCCAUUGACAUCCUCCCAAUUCUCUGGCACAUGAGUCUUGGGCCUUUGCUCAACUUGAAGCAGUUUCAGGACUUCAUGGACCUUAUUAAAAAACUGUCCAAGAGAGUGGAAGACGAGCAGUCCAAGAAGCUGCAAGAGCUUUCUGGCACCAACGGCAGCACAUCCGCGCCCAAUGAAGAUUUUAUGGCGUUCGGCGGCGUCAGCGGAACCACGUUUGACAAUGGAGGUGCAGAAGACGACUUCGAAAGCUUAGUCAAAGGCAAGACGACGCGGACGUCAACGUCAGAUGCCUUCUCAAGCUGGGAAGAGAUGCCUGCCUCUGCAAGAGUUGCCUCGCCCGCGCCUGGAAGUAGGUCCACAACUCCGGCAUUCUCGUGGUCGAGUCCCUCUCCGACUCAGGCAGCACCUCCAUCGGCCAAGCCUCAACCUAGUUUCCGUACAGUAACGCCUGAUCUGGCCUCAUUCCAAACGAUGAGCCCGACAUCGACCCAGUUCUCGAAGCCCUUGCAACCGGUUAAGGAGACUCCGGCCCAGCCGGCACAAUCCAGCUCGACAAUCAACUGGUCAACGGCGUCGGCGGCAACCUCCAACCCAUGGGCGUCGUCUUCAACACCUACGCCGGCCUUUUCGUCCGGUAGCUCCAUAUCGCCACCUCCGAGCUCCGCUUUUGGUGGAAUAAGCGCGCCCAUGUCCAACCUGUCGCUUGGUGGGCAACGGCCAGGCUUGUCACAGUCAUCGUCGUUUUCGUUGCCACCACCGCCAUCCAGCAACCCGACAGGCCUAUCCGGAUCAUCCGGCUUUAGCCUGCCGCCUCCACCCAGUCACACACCGCCAGUGCAAUCAAGCAUGAGUGCAUUCAGCAAGCCUGCGACCAACGCCGGCAGCAUGAGUAUGAUGGGUCAACAGCCGAUGGGCAGUAUGAGCAGCAUAGGCAGCAUGGGAAGCAUGGGCUCGCGGCCUGGAAUGAAUAUGGGUAGCAUGGGAAUGGCAUCUGGCGGGAGCAUGAACACCAUGAUGAACGGUAACACGGGCAUGAACAGCAUGGCCGGGCUUCAGCAGCAGCAGAGGCCACAGCAGAAAAGCGGGUUGGAUAAGUACGAGAGUCUCAUUUAG